AUGCUGCCCACCCCCUUCUCGGUAAAAGACAUCCUCAACCUGGAACGGCCGGGAGCUACCGGGGGACCCCACGCCGUCCCCGUUCCCCGGGCUGCCCGCAGCCCCGGGGGGGGGGACGAGCCACCUGCAGGAAAAUGUUUGCUUGCCCACCCUUUUGAGGCAGACGAGAAGAAAGCCGACGCCUGCCACCAUCCCAAGCAGCGACAGCGGAGAAAACCCCGAGUUUUGUUCUCCCAAACUCAGGUGUUUGAACUGGAGCGGCGAUUUAAGCAACAGAAAUACCUCUCCGCUCCGGAAAGGGAGCACCUCGCCAGCGUGCUCAAGCUUACCUCCACGCAGGUGAAAAUCUGGUUCCAAAACCGAAGGUACAAGUGCAAGAGGCAGAGGCAGGAUAAAUCCCUGGAGCUGGCUGCCCACCCGCUGCCCCCGCGGAGGGUGGCAGUGCCCGUGCUCGUCAGGGACGGCAAACCAUGUCUCGGGGGGUCCCAGCCUUACCCAGCCCCGUACAGCCUCACCGCCAGCCCUUACUCCUAUAGCUCCUACUACAGUGCCUAUAGCGGCGGCCCAUUCGGUGCCAGCUACGGGGGGGGCUACACCGGGGUGACCCCCAAUGCCGCCCCGGGCAGCCCCGCCGUGAACGUGAGCUUGGGUAUGGCCAGCGGUGCUCAGCACCAGCCCGCGUGCUUGCAAGCCGCCGUGCAAGCAGGGAUCAGGGCUUGGUAG